UUGCCGUGUAACAUAGAUUUGGAGGUUGAACAGUAAAUACCAAGUGGUCAUAUAAAUACUGCCAACUACAGCUUGAAACUGAAGUUUGACCUCGGUAGAAUUUCAGCGCUGGUUCCUGGCGCUGCCAUUGUUUUUCCAUUUUUGUAUUAUUAUUAACCAGUCACCAAGGGGCUGAGAUUUUGUAGCAAGGGUUAAAAGUGGGUAAGUACAGUAUUUCAUAAAACAUCUGAAACGCUGCAAGGAGGUUUCGCUUUGACUAUUCAACCUACCGCACCUUUGUUGCAAUACCUGGUAACGCCCCAUGAUUUUGGUCUGAAGAAACUGAUGUGGAUUACCUAACUUUGGGAAAAGUUUUAAGUUUUCACCUGUAGGAGUGACGACACUCUCUUAUCGUACUGCAAAUCUGCCAGUCAGGUAUACCGAUUGAAUAAUAUUUACAUAAAUCAUCUUAAAACACCGCGCUUACAAACAAACGUUUAUUCGGAUUCAAACGAAUCUGACAAAGCUGAAACUGGACAGCAUUCCAUAUCACUUUCAACAGUAUCCUAUUUGUUUUUACAGUAGUGUACUCCAUAACUUCCGUGUUUUUCCUCCGAGAAACUACAACUAGUUGUAGCUUUACUAUUAUAAAAAGUACAUAGAAAAUUAACGUGAUGACUACAGAAAACACCAUCAACGGGAUUGCUCUCAUCGAAAUUAAAGAAAUGGAGGAAGCCACCGAAAACAGCCACAUUAUGGAUGUUAUCACCCAUAAUGAACAGGAAAACGUGAACAAUGGGAAUGAGGAAACGGAGGAAGCCACUGAAAUCAACCAGUUAUGUCCGAUGAGAGAUGAGAAUUCUCCAAAUGAACAGAAUGAAACAAACAGAGGAAAGCAAAGGUGCCGCUACAGGAGUAGAUAUGUCUUCUGGAAAUGCAAGCUGUGGAUGUGCAUUUUAUCCGUUUUUAUACUGUUGGCUAUAGCAACUGUAAUCGGUCUGGUUCUCUAUUCAGUGGUGUAUGUGGAUGAAGAUGAAAAGAUAGAUAAAACACUGUAUGUUGUUUCUCGAUAUUAUAAUGGCACUCUAAGAAUAGUAAACCAAGAAUUUACACCAGAAUUGCUUUUACCCAAAUCCCAGAAGUCUGAAUUCUUAUCAGGGCAGCUAAAGGACAUGCUUUCAAGAUUAUACAGUUCGUCUCCUGCUUUGGGCCGCUACUUUGUUAAUGCAGGGUUAAACUCCUUCAGCAAUGGCAGUGUGACUGCAUAUUACUGGCUGAAGUUUGAAAUCCCAUCAGAGCACAGUAAACUGAUAAAGUACACCCUCAGUGAAGAGGUCCUAGUUAACGUUUUCCGACAACAUUUAUACGACCAGGAAUUAGAAGAGAACAGAAACUUACAUAUUGAUCCAUCAUCUCUGUCGCUACAAGUUGCUGAUGGAAAAGGUGUUACAUCUUAGAACCAGUGACAUAGCAAGUGAUGGAUUCAUCUUUGGGAAGCUUCAUUGGACUUCGUUUGUUCUUUCUUAUUCUACUCACGUUCUAGAUUCUUUACAACAGGCAAUUUCACAGACUGGUGUGUUGGAGUUUCAUUUUGUAAGAGUGAUUGCUUAACAUAAAAUGUACAUAAAGUAUACAUGUCUGAUAAGCGUACAGUACACUGUGAAGAUGAGGUGCUGGCAAACAGGAAUCCAGUUUGACUAUUUUUUAUAUUACUUCUGGGGGACUUAAACCUACAAAUGCAACUAUGAUGUCAGCUUUCUCACUACAAAUAAUAUGAAACCCAAGAUAAUUCUUACCCAUUUAAAUGUUUUAUUUUUCGAUAUUUACAAGCACGAGCUUGGUAUUUUUCUUUUUAAGUUUUACUUCAAGGCAAUUGGUUUUUCUCUUUACAUUGCAUAACAAGGAAAGCUAAUGAUUUUGUAUUAAAUAUACCUGGACAUGAGCUGUUUUAUUUUAUUUUGCAUAAUUAUGUAUAUAUUUGAAUACAUCAACAUAAUGUCAUGUGUUUCCAAACUUUUUUAAAUGUCUUUUACAAUUUAGUAAUUUGUACAAAAUGCAAACGUCGAUUUAUAUACUAAUGUAGUAAUCAACAAUAAAUGAGAAUGGAGAAGAAAAAUAAGUGCUUUUGUUUG